UCUUCUGCGACAGGUGAACACACAUCAUAGUUCAAUAGUCUCUGCAUUGUUGUUUCAUACAUUAUUAUUGCAGACUGAUACAGUGUUAUUGUGUAUAUUAUUAUUCUCUAGUUUAUUUUCAGUAAAGUCUGCCCGCUGCUUGCUGUGCUUUUAGAUGUUGCUGCUGAAACGAAUUAAUUUCCCACUCGGAAUCAAUAGAGUAUUUAUUAUUAUUAUUAUUAUUCUCCAGCCCUUUAUCUCUCAACAAUCAACUUCCCAGCUCUUUACUUCACUCCUCCCCCUCUCCCGGUUUACCCUAUCACCUCACCUGGCCCACAUUCUGACUCCCUCCCUUCCUUUCCAGUGCUGAAGAAGGGUCUGGGUCUGAAAGGCCGACUGUUCACUUCUCUCCAUAGUUGCCGUCUGUCUCCCUGACUUUCCCCCAGCAUUUUCCGUCUGUUGUUUUGGAUUUCGGCAUCUGCAGAUUUCCUUCUGUUUGCUCACACGCGCAUGCGCAGAAGUAUGAGGUAAUCCCAAAUAUCGCGCAUGCGCUCAGCAGACGAGAGGCUCACAAAGACCGGCCGCAGGUUUGAAAUGGCAGAACACUUGUGUAUGGGAAUCUCAAACACAACAACACAUCAGUUUUGCUGUUUGGAUAUUUAAGGAGUGACCAAAUUUAUUCUUUGCAACACCAGCACAUCUGGUGUUGAUUCUUAGACGUGAAGAAGUAUCUCAUCCCAUCUGGUAAUGUAUUCUGUCUCUGAGAUGAAGUUUUCUGUUUUUACUCUGUGUAAUUCACUGGAACUGGGAGCUGAGAACACACCAGCAUUUGUUCACUGGAGAUCAGUUCUUCAACUGCAUCAAUCGUACAAGGCAUUCAAACAUCUGACUUUCUGAAUUGCCAGAGAAUUGUUCGCAGUGAGAUAUCAUUCUUCUUCUCUCAGUGUGGAAAGAGAUUCACUCACAGGCUACCCACAGACACGCCAGUGAGUUCACAGUGGGGAGAGGCCAUUCACCCGCUCUGUGUGAGGGAGGGCAACCACUCAGUCAUCCAGUCUGAAGACACAUCAGCAAGUUCACACCAUAGUGAGAUGCUCCUGCUGUUCUGCAAGCGGGAAGCCAUUCUGUUAUUGAUGCUAAAGGUAUAUCAGAAAAUACACCAGUGAGAGGGCAUUGACCUGCUCGGACGGUGGGAAGGCACUCAAUCACGCCACAGUGACACCAGUGAGUUCACACCGGAGAGAAGCCAUUCACAUGCUCUGAAUGUGGGAAAGGAUUCACUAAAUCAUCUCAACUGAAUGAACACGAGCGAGUUCACACUGAAAAGAUGCCGUUCACCUGCUCAGACUGUGGGAAGGGAUUCACUCAAUCAUCCACACUACAUAGACACCAGCGAGUUCACACCGGGGAGAGGCCAUUCACCUGCUCAGACUGUGGGAAAGGAUUCAUUCAGUCAAACGACCUGCUACAACAUCAGUUAGUUCACACUGGGAAGAGACCAUUUACCUGCUCAGACUGUGGGAAGGGAUUCAAUCAGUGUUCUCAUCUCCAGACACACCAGCGACUUCACACUGGGGAGAGACCAUUCAUCUGCUCAGACUGUGGGAAGGGAUUCAUUCGCUUUUCCGCACUACAGAGUCAUCGGCGGGUUCACACUAAGGAGAGGCUAUUCACCUGCUCAGACUGUGGGAAGGGAUUCACUCACUCGUCCAAUCGACAGAGACACCAGCGAGUUCACACUGGGGAAAAGCCGUUCACUUGCUCUGAAUGUGGGAAGGGAUUUGCUCGGUCAUCUGAACUGAAGGUACAUCAGCGAGUUCACACUGGGGAGAAGCCAUUCAGCUGCUCUGAAUGUGAGAAAGGAUUCAUUCAUUCAUCUCAGCUCUUGAAACACCAGCAAAUUCACACUGGGGUGAAACCAUUCAUCUGCUCUGAAUGUGGGAAGGGAUUCACUGAUUCAGCUCAUCUGAAAGAACAUCAGUUUGUUCACACUGCAGAGAGACCGUUCACCUGCUCAGACUGUGGGAAAGGAUUCAUUUGGCAUUCUCAUCUGCUGACACACCAGUUAGAUCACACUGGGGAGAAACCAUUCACAUGCUCUGAAUGUGGGAAGGGAUUCACUUGGCAAUCUCAACUGAAGGAACAUCAGCAAGUCCACACUGGGGAGAAGCCGUUCACUUGCUCUGAAUGUGGAAAGGUAUUUUCUCGGUCAUCUCAACUGAAGAUACAUCAGCGAGUUCACACUGGGGAGAGGCCGUUCAGCUGCUCUGAAUGUGGGAAAGGAUUCAUUUCUUCAUCUCAGCUCUUGAAACACCAGCGAAUUCACACUGGGGAGAAACCGUUCAUCUGCUCACAAUGUGGGAAGGGGUUCACCUAUUCAAGUCAGCUGAAAGAACAUCAGUUUGUUCACACUGCAGAGAGGCCGUUCACCUGCUCAGACUGUGGGAAAGGAUUCAUUCGGCAUUCUCAACUACUGACACACCAGUUAGAUCACACUGGGGAGAAACCAUUCAUCUGCUCUGAAUGUGGGAAGGGAUUCACCCAUUCAGCUCAACUGAAGAAACAUCAGCGACUUCACACUGGGGAAUGGCCAUUCACUUGCUCAGUUUGUGGGAAGGGAUUCACUCGGUCAUCUCAACUGAAGGUGCAUCAGCGAUUCCACACUGGGGAGAAACCUUUCAGCUGCUCUGAAUGUGGUAAGGGAUUCACUCGGUCAUGUCAACUGAAGCUACAUCAGCGAGUUCACACUGGGGAGAAACCAUUCAACUGCUCUGAAUGUGGGAAAAGAUUCACUGGGUCAUCUCGACUGAAGGUACAUCAGCGAGUUCACACUGGGGAGAGGCCAUUCACGUGUUCUGAAUGUGGGAAGGGAUUCAUUGAGUCAUCUCAACUCAAGAAACAUCAGUUUGUUCACACUCGGGAGAGGCCAUUCAGAUGCUCUGAAUGUGGGAAGGGUUUUGCUCGGUCAUUUCAACUGAAGGUACAUCAGCGAGAUCACGCUGGGGAGAGACCAUUCAGCUGCUCUGAAUGUGGGAAGGGAUUCACUUUGUCAUCCAAACUUGUGUGGCACUACCGAAUUCACACUAGGGAGAAACUCCUCACCUGCUCAGAUCGUGGGAAGGAAUUCACUCGGUCGUCUGAGUUUAAAAUACAUCAGCAAAUUCACACUGGGGGAUGCCACUCACCUGUUCUGAAUGUGGGAAAGGAUUCACUCAGACAUCCCAAUUAAGACUAUAAGAUAUUGGAGCAGAAGUCGGCCAUUCGACCUUUCGAGUCUGCUCCGCCAUUCGGUCACGGGCUGAUCCAAUUCUUCCAGUCAUCCCCACUCCCCUGCCUUCUCCCCAUACCCUUUGAUGGCCUGGCUAAUCAAGAACCUAUCUCUCUCUGGCUUAGAUGCGCCAAAGGACUUGGCCUCCACAGUUGCUUGUGGCAACAAAUUGCACAAAUUUACCACCCUCUGACUAAAGUAAGUUCUCCUCAUCUCUGUUCUAAAUGGAUAUCCUCCAAUCCUGAAGUUGUGCUCUCUUGUCAUAGCCUCCCCGACACAUUGGGAAUAACUUUCCCAUAUCUACUCUGUUCAGAGCUUUUAACAUUCAGAAUGUUUCAAUGAGAUUCCGUCCACCCCCCACUGCCUCCCGGCCCCCACCAUUCUCCUGAACUCCAGGGAAUACAGCCCAAAAGAAGACAGAUGCUUCUCGUAUGGUAACCCUUUCAUUCCUGGAAUCAUUCUUGUGAAUCUUCUCUGAACCCUCUCCAAUGUCAGUAUAUCCAUUCUAAAAUAAGGAGCCCAAAACUGCACACAAUACUCCAAGUGUAGUCUCAUGAGAGCCUUAUAGAGCCUCAACAUCACAUCCCAGCUCUUAUAUUCUAUACCUCGAGAAAUUAAUGCCACCAUUGCAUCCACCUUCUUCACCACCGACUCAGCCUGGAGGUUAACCUUUAGGGUAUCCUGCACAAGGACUUCCAAGUUCCUUUCCAUCUCUGCAUUUUGAAUUCUCUCUCAAUCUAAAUAAUCGUCUGCCUGUUUAUUUCUUUCACCAAUAUGCACGACCAUACACUUUCCAACAUUGUAUUUCAUUAACUACUUCUUGGCCCAUUCCCUGAAACUAUCUAAAUCUCUCUGCCAGCACUCUGUUUCCUCAGCACUACCCGCUCCUCCACCUAUCUUUGUAUCGUCGGCAAAUUUUUCCACAAAUCCAUUAAUCCAACAGUCCAAGUCAUUGACAUACAUCGUAAAAAGCAUCUCAACAUCGACCACAGUGGAACUUCAGUGGUAACCGGCAGCCAGCCAGAAUAGGAUCCCUUUAUUCCCACUCUGUUUUCUGUUGAUCAGCCAAUGCUCCACCCAUGCUAGUAAAUUCCCUGUAAUUCCACGGGAUUUAUCUUGCUAAGCAACCUCAUGUGCAACAUCUUUCAAAGGCCCCUGAAAAUCCAAGUAUACCACACCUACUGCAUCUCCUUUGUCUACCCAACUUGUAAUUUCCGCAAAGAAUUGCAGUAGGUUAGUAAGGCAGGAUUUUCCUUUCAAGAAACCACGCAGGCUUUGGCCUAUCUUGUCAUGUGCCUCCCAGUACUCCGUAACCUCAUCCAUAACAAUCGAUUCCAGCAACUUCCCAACCACUGAAGUCAGGCUUUCAGGUCUGUAGUUUCUUUUCUGCUGCCUCCCACCCUUCUUAAAUAGCGGAGUAACAUUUGUAAUUUUCCAGUCAUCAGGUACUAUGCCAGAAUCUAUCGAUUCUUGAAAGAUCUUUAGUAAUGCCUAUGCAAUCUCUCCAGCUAUUUCCUUCAGAACCCGAAGGUGCAUUCCAUCAGGUCCAGGAGAUUUAUCCACCCUCAGACCUUUAACCUUCCUGAGCACCUUCUCAGUUGUAACUUUCACUGCAUGUGCUUCACUUUCCUGACACUCUUGAAUGUCCGAUAUUCAGUACUGCAGAUGCCUUCCACCGUGAAGAAUCAUGCAAAAUACGCAUUCAGUUCCUCUGCCAUCUCUGUGUCUCCCAUCACAAUAUCUCCCGUGUCAUUUUCUAUUGGUCGUAUAUCUAUUCUCAACUCUCUUUUACCCAAUGGCAGCCAUCCUUUAGCCAAGUUUCAGAUUUGGCCACAACGUCAUAUUGCCAAUCUAGCUGAAUUUCAAGACCAUCCACUUUAUUUCUUAUGCUGCGAGCAUUCAAAUACAGCACUGUGUGGUGCACCCUCUCCAAACCUGUCAUGCUACGUUUUGGAGAACAGGAACCCCCGAACUUGCCGGAAAGUCUGAGGAAUGGAAAUGAAACUUAACUGAGAAGAUGUUGGGACAUGAAAAUGCAUUUUGGACCGAUGAGCUGAUGUUUGUUACUCCAGGAUUACUUACAACACUAUUGGAGUGACCAAGGAUACCCCUUUCUGAGAGAGGUCUCGCCGGUCAUCCGGUAUUGAAUGAACUCCGCACGUAUACACAGGGGAGAAACUGUACAACUGCUCAGACUGCGGGAAGGAAUUCACUCAGUCAUCUCAACUGAAUGAACAUCAGCGAGUUCACACUGGGUAGAAGCCGUUCAUCUGUUCCAACUGGAAAUGAAUUGUCACUUUCAUCUCGCCUGUCUACACACCAGACUGUUUUCAGCAGUGAGAGGACGUUGUCCUGCUCAGACUGUGGGAAGGCAUUCACACACUCAUCCACACUGCAGAGACAGUGGCGGGUUCACACUGUGGUGAGGGUGGUCACCUGCUCUGAAUGUGGGAUGGGUUUCAAUCAGUCACUCAUCCUUGUGUCACCCUGCUGGGCUUUGACCCAUCGUUAAUCGGAGAGAUCAGAAGCUUGAGAGGACGGAAUUCACUCAAGUUCGCCAAUUGAGCAUUAAAGGCAGUGGUUUCAGGGCAGGUUAUUUUUGAGCUUUCACCAGGGGCCAGUCAACAGUCAGGAUUGAUGAUCAAGAAGAUGCCAACGUUAGGCAGCAGCAAAUGGAGUGGCCGAUGGUGGACUGGGCAGAGUUGGAAUGGAGACUUUGAGGCUUUACCUCUUUGAGGGUUCAGUCAGGACAGCCUUCGCACAGAGAAGGCAACAUUAUACUGGAGGUGGAAGUUUUUUUGCCCCCUUCCUCACAGUUGCUGAGUUAGAACAGUCGAGAUGCCAGGCAGGAUAGUGGAAAGCUCCUCUUGCGGGAUGUGGGAAGGCAGGAGACCCUCCUGUGUCCCCGAUAACUACACCUGUGAGAAGGGCAUCCAGCUUCAGCUCCGAAUAAACCACAUUAAGGAGUGGGAGCUGGAACUGGAUGAACUCCAGAUCAUUCGGGAGGCUGGAGGGGUGAUAGGUCGGACAUAUAGAGAGGUAGUUGUAACCAGGCUGUACGCCACAGGGAUCUGAGUGACAGUUGCAAAGCAGAAAGUGGGGGGGUGGGGUGGGGGGGUGGGGACAGCAAGUGCAGUGUACCCCUGUGUUCAUCCCCCUGAACAACACAUGUAUCACUUUGGUCACAGUUAGAGACGGUGGGAUGACCUGGCCAAGGAAGGUUAGAGCAGGUGGGUCUCUGGCACUUAGUCUGGCUCUGAGACUGAGAAGGGGAGGGUUGAGAAGAGGCGAGCUGUGGUCAUUGGUGAAUCAUUAGCUAAGGGAACUUACUGGAUGUUCUGUGGGUGAGAAUGAGAUUCCAGGAUGGUAUGUAGCUUCCUGUGUUCUCCAGGUCUGGGUUAUCUCCGGCCGAGCACUCAGCUUUGCUCAGGAGGGUGAACAGUGAAGGUUGUGAUCCAUGUGGGUACCAAUGAUAUGGGCUGGUAGAGUAACGAGGUUCUGCAAAGGGAGUUCAGGGAGUGAGGUGCUAAGUUAAAGGGCAGCUCGUCCAGGGCUGUGACCACAGGUCUCUCAUCUGUGCCACAUGCCAAGAAUAGGAAGAUUAUACAGUUUAACAUGUGUCUAAGGAUUUGGUGCAGGAGGGAGGGCAUAAUGUUAUUGGAUCAUUUGAGCCCACAAGGAUUACUGUAUGUACAGGAGUGUGAGUAUGUUGGGGGAGAGGGGACAUCGUUGCUGGAGGGUGAAAUGGGCAGACAGGUCUCUCUCUCACACACACACACAAACAUAUGCAGUGGAGUGUGAGGGAGGGGAGUGAGAAGGGAUAAGGGGAAUGAGGAGGAUGGUGUUAGGGCUCAUUCACAAAGUCUCAGACUCACCCAACCGUCCCCCUCUGGAAUUGGUCCCAUUCCCUACCCCAGGCUGGGGCUGGGCAUUGAUUUGCCUUGCCAACAAGAAAAUGAAUUGUUUGAUAGCAUCUGGUGAACACAUUUUGAUAAUAAAUUUACGUUGAAC